AAAAAAACUUUUUGAAGGUUGAUUCAUGGUUAUUAUUUUCAGAAUUUGAAACAAAACUUGGUUUUUUUCAAAAACAACUUACAAUGUUGAUUACAAGAAUUAUAACAUUAUAUUCUCGUGGACAAAGCAAAAACAUAGCAGCCAAAAUUGGUCAACAAAUACGAAAUGAUUCAACGUUUACUAAAGAAGCUGAAAAAUUUAUGGCCAAACAUGCAAAACGUGGCAGUCCUCAAAGUCCAUAUAUGUUAGGCCUUACUUAUAAAAUUCAAUUGACAUCAAUGUUAUCAUUAACACAUCGUAUUACUGGUGUCGGUCUCGGUUUGAUCAUCUAUGGUUUCGGUAUUGCUGAAUUAUUAUAUUCGAAUAAGAAUUAUUCACAAUUGUUGGAUUCAUAUUCGUCUGCAAUUCCUUGUACAUCGAUUUUUAAGGUCAUGUGUGGAACUGCCUUAGCAUAUCAUACUUUCAAUGGAAUUCGUCAUCUUUGCUGGGAUAUGGGUUAUGGAUAUUCAUUACCACGUCUCUAUCUUACCGGUUAUGCUGUUCUCGGAUUGACAGCACUUUGCAUGGUAGCCAUGAUGGCUAAACAAUAGCUGUAUAACGUAAAGAUAUAAACAGAUUCAAUAAUUGGAACCAAAUUUAAAAUAUUUAGGGAAUCUUAAAAAUAGACCCUCUUUGUUGAUAUACUUAAAAAUUGGUUUAUUUAUUUACAAAUAAAAAUCAAAAAGAAAUUGAAAAAAAAUGAAAUUUGAA